AGAGAAUAAAAAAGUACCUAUGCGUUGACUGAUUGAAUGAAACUUGGACAGAUGUCUCAAAGAAAAAUCAAGAAAAUGGCGUAGAUUUCCACUUCAUCAUUUCAAAUUCCAGUUCAUCUUAAAUUAAUAGGCAAUAACCUUGAAAAUGUCCACUAAACCUACGAACAAGCCUCACAAGGCUAACGAGCACCCCACACAGAAGAAACAGAACAAUAUACCGGUUCAGAUCACAGACCUCUCCAUAUUCGACAACUCUUACUCUUACAUGAAGGAACGAUUCGCCGAAGAAAUGAAGAGGAUUGACCAACAGAUGACCAAGUUCAGUACUGAUCUAAGGCGGUUCUACGGUCAGUCGGCUGCCAUGCCCUCCAGACACGAGAUAGCGAACACUUGGGACACCCUCACCAACUCCCCUCUAGUCCAAGGCGAGGGUUCAGACAAGACCUUGAAACUACAGUUCGAUGUCAGCCAAUUUGAUCCCACGGAGGUAAAAGUGAAGAUCUUAAACGACUUGCUAGUAGUAUCAGCGACGCACAGAGAAAAGUCAGAGGGAGCCACAAUCUAUCGCGAAUACAACCGAGAGUUCACUUUGCCUCCUGGCACGGACCCUGAUACCGUGGUAUCUUCCCUAUCUAGGGACGGAGUUCUCACUGUCCAGACUCCGUUAAUACAGCCGCCUGUAAGCACUCUUCAGAAACCAAAUUGAUACCUAUAAAAUACUCCUUCUAAAGUAAGACUGUUUUUGGGAAGUGAGACGCCGUUAUGCGAAGUGUAGUGCGCUGUCCUGCUUCAACAAUGGAAAUAAUGACAUAAGACCUACUUUAAGACCUAAACUGAUAUUCAUGAGUUCGCAGACCAGAACUGUUUUUGUUGAAGUGAGAUGCUGGCUAUGCUCAGUGUAGUGUGCUGUCUUGUUUUUACAAAGUUGACAGUCUUACUUUAGGAGAUACAAACCCAAAGUACAAAAGCAAUAAGGAAUAUUAUACAAUAAACGAAUAACAAC